AUGGCAGUGGCCAUGGCGUCCACAAUGCAGCUAAGGCGUUGCGGCCCCGCGGCCAACUCCAGCCCCAGACCCUGCGCCAAGGCGCCAGCGGGCGUGCCGCGCGUCGCGGCCGCCUUCCUGGGCACCCCCACGCAGCUGGCUGCUCAACGGCGGCGGCUGAGGGCCGUGCGGCGCAGCGCCAGCGGCGGCCUGGCCGCCCAGGCAAUGCUGACCUACAAGGAGGCCGCCACCGGCAUCGAGUUCCCGCUCGUGCAGAAGCUGUGGCUGGGCGAGGAGAUGCGCUGCGUGGGCGCCGGCUGCCGGAGCAAGAAGGUUGCGUUCAUCGGCGUCAAGGUGUACGCUGUGGCGCUGUAUGUUGAGGCCGAGAAGAUGGCUCGGGAGCUGGGCGUGCGCAACAGGGGCGGCUUCUUUGACGGCGACGACGACUUCUGCCAGGCGCUGGUGGACGGCGGGUGCGUCAAGGCGCUGCAGCUGGAGCUGGCGCGGGACGUGGAGGGCGCGCAGUUUGUGCAGGCGCUGGAGGAGGCGCUGGCGCCGCGCAUGCGCCUCAUGGGAGACACGGCUUCGCUGGAGGCCUUCAAGAAGGUGUUUGUGGACAAGAAGCUGGCCAAGGGGACCAACGUGGUGCUGAUGUACCGCACGGAUGCCACGCUGGAUGUGGCGGUGCGGCCCGGCCGCGUGGACUGGUCCACCAUCGUGGCGGAUGCCAGCAUCGCCAGCGCAGGGCUGUGCCGCGGCCUGUUUGAGGUCUACAUGGGUGGCGAGUCGGUGGUGGCUGAUGCGAAGAAGGAGUGGGCCAACGGUGCCCGCAAGCUGCUGGAAAGCGACGACAUCCGGAGGCAGACUCGCAAGGGCGGCAGCGGCUGA